AUGUCCGAAGGUCGUCUGCGGUUCCAUUGGUGCGUCGGACAUUCCCCAAACCGCCACAUCCAACCACCGGGUCAGUGGAAGGGCAAGACGCGUAGCAAGACUGUUUCUCCUCCUGGUGGUCCUCUUCUACUCGCCUGGCCGGCGCCCACCAGCUACUGCUCCGCCAGCCAGGGUGCUUCCGUGUCAAGCUGCCUCCAAGAAGCUUGCUCGGCCACACCCACUGCCGUGACAUCCUACAGGCUCGCUGUCGUCCUCCCUCUGCUCGCAGUGGGUCUUCGUGUAGCUCGGCCGGCUCCACGGGCGUGUAUACCAUCUUCAGCCCCAGCAUUCACUGGUAACUGGAACGGUCCCGGAAACUGGGGUGACCGCCACCGCGGCCACGGCGACGACAAUGACGACGAUGACUGGGGCUGGGAUCAUGACUGGGACAAUGACGGCACCGAUGACCGUGACCAGUGGGAUCAAUACACGCGUACCUGGUCCGGCGGAAGCUACACCGUCACGGGCUGCGAAUGGAACGGCAACGUGUGGGCCGGGGGGCCGGGGGGCUGCGCGCCCGGCGGCGCCGGCGGCUCGCCCUGGGGUCCCUGGGGCCGCGGCUGGACCUGGAGCACCGUCACGCAGACCGUCACCCGCGUCGUCACCGUCACCGACACGGCCGGCGCGACGGCCCUGUCCACCAGCGUGGGCCUGGCCGCCGUGGCGCUGGCCGCGAGCGGCGACGUCACGAGCACGAGCGUUAUUGGGGCGGUGGAGACGGGUGCUGCUGCUACGGGUGGAGCUAGUGGUGGGGAUGGGAAUGCGAACCCGACGGGGGGCGUGGCGGGGGCGGCGGGGAGGAAUGAGGCGUUGGGGGUGAAGGUGGCUGCGGUGAUGCUGGGUGGCGUGGUUGCUGUUGCUGCGUGGCUCUGA